CGACAGCACGCCAGCCAACACAUUCACAAGUCGUCACAUCACCGCUACCAUGGGUAUCUUCGACUACGUUUCCGACCUUUACUCGUCUCUGUCCAUCCAGUCAUGCGAGGCUGAGAUUCAGGACGACAUGAAGUACGCCUCGGGCGACUUCAACUCCGACAAGGACCAACAGAACGGCAUGGGCACGGCUGAGCAAACCCGUGGUGCCACCACCAGAGGCGGUGUCAGCCUUUCCACCCCUGCCGCCGGCACCGACGAGGAGAGCGACUCCGAGGCCGAGGCCAACAAGCAGGACGCCAAGAAGCCCGAGCCUUCGAACGAGAAGGGCCACACCCCCGGCGAGGGCGGUGCUGCCUCUGGCCAGGUCGGCGCCGACAACGCCGGUCCUCACGGUGGUCCCGUCGGCAAGCAGGACGAGGACGACGAGGAAGAGGAGGAGGAAGAUGAAGAGGAGGAGGAAGAGGAUGAGCCCGAAGACCCCAAGCCCAAGAUUGAGGAAGAGUGCGCCAAGUCAUCCGAGUGUGCUCCUUACAAGCACCAUUACGACCACUGUGUCGAGCGCGUCACCAAGCAGCAGGAGGAGAACGGCAAGGCCGACGAGGACUGUGUUGAGGAAUUCUUCCACCUCGCCCACUGCGCAACCGCAUGCGCCGCCCCCAAGCUCUUCAAGGUGCUCCGAUAAACGACUCGCGCGCCAAUGGGCCAUUUUCAAGCAAGUCGGCUCUUUCGUGGUGGAGGCGAUGACAUUAACCUCUUGUACAAAGCAUUUUCUCUACACCACGAAUUGUACUAUUUUUCUUUCUGUUCCUUAUCCUAGACGAGUCGUUCACGAGCGGUAAAAAGCGUGUAGCAUAGAG